UUUAAACAAACAGCGGGGCCGGGGGCGUUGCGGGGACGGAGGCGGGAAAGGGCAGGGACUUUGGGGGUCGCACACUGAAGACAGGGGCGGUGAACGCGUGGAGGGCAUGAGAAGGAGUCCAAACUCUCUGAGAAAUAGGGAAUGAAGGAAAUACUGAAGCAAGAAACGAAGUGUGAGAAGGAACACAAGCGCGAAAAAAGCGUGAGAGGGCGCAAGAGCUUGGCUGACCAAAAGUGCGCUUGGAGGUAGGGACAAGGGUGGAACACACCCAGCCCCAGCAGCAUAGGUACGGUGGGAGCAGGAGGAUACUAUCUUUCCCUGAGCCCAUUUUCCAUAGGUGGUCCCCUUUUAGCCAUUUUUAAGGUAAAAUGUUGGCCCCGGUUAUUUUUGCUUGUUUGUUUUGGGGUUUUGUUUUGUGUGUUUUUUGUUGUUGUUGUUGUUUUUUAGAAUAUAAGGAAAGAAACGUCAGAGGAAGCUGUACUAAAGCGAGGCUGCGCAAGGCGCAGGAAAGGCAGAGGGUGGCGCCUUUUUUAAAGAAGAUUCUAUCUUCACCCUAAAGCUCAGGCCGUACCACACACACACACACACCCCACGUUUUCCUCCCUCUGUCUGCCUCCUAUUUCCCCACCCCAGCCCCGCUCCGGGCACGAACGGAUCGCCUUUAAACCAGUCGCAGCUCCAUUCCAGACGCCCUUCUUCUCAGGCCGGGCGGUGAGCUGAUGGCCCAAGUUCGGGACUCGCCCUCCGGCUCUUUGGUCCGCUGGAGCUCGGGAGGUGGGGGAGGAGCCUCUCCCGAGGAGGCGGCUGAAAAGGCGGGGAAAAUGGAGAAGGAGGCGGUGGGGGCGACAAAGGCAUGUUCAGGCCAGGGAGCUGAGGAGAUGAAGCUGGAGCCGUUACAAGAGCGAAAGCCUGCUCCUGAGAACUUGACGUGGAGUGACAGCGGCGACGAUAAGAAGGUGCUCCCUUCAACCCCCCCUCGCUGUUACAGCAGCUCCUCGCCCCUUUGCCCGCGCCGCAAGCCCCGCCCUCGGCCCCAGCCCCGGGCCCGCUCCCGAGGCCCGCCCGGCCUCUUGGCCCCACCCCAGCCUCCAUCCCAUCCUCCCCCUCCGCCUCUGACCAGACCACAGCCCUGGCGCCGACUACGGCGUAGAUCCAGGCCAGGGUCUAGGCCCCAGAUGCUGCAAAGCUGUUUUAGUGACCUAGGUGGCUCUGGGGAUCGAGGUGGCUUAGGGGACUGGUUGCUGGAGGUGGAGUUUGAUCAGGGUCCUACAGGCUGCUCUCAUGUGGAGAGCUUUAAAGUGGCUAAGAACUGGCAGAAGAACCUGAGGUUGAUUUACCAGCGUUUCAUAUGGAGUGGGACCCCAGAAACUAGGAAACAUAAGGCAAAGUCGUGCAUCUGUCAUGUAUGUAGUACCCAUAUGAACAGACUCCACUCUUGUCUCUCCUGUGUCUUUUUUGGCUGCUUUACUGAGAAACAUAUUCACAAACAUGCAGAAACAAAACAGCACAAUUUAGCUGUAGACCUCUAUCAUGGGGUUAUAUAUUGCUUUAUGUGUAAGGAUUAUGUAUAUGACAAAGACAUGGAACGAAUUGCCAAAGAAACAAAAGAGAAAAAUUUGAAAUUACUAACUUCCACCUCAACAGAUGUUUCUCAACAGCAGUGUAUGGCAUCAGGUGUUGAAGAGAAGCAUUCAACCUGUGAGUCAAAGGAACAGGAGCCAAAAUUGGUGAAACCCAAGAAAAAGAGGAGAAAAAAGUCAGUCUAUACCAUAGGCCUGAGAGGGCUUAUCAAUCUUGGGAACACAUGCUUUAUGAAUUGUAUUGUCCAGGCACUUACCCAUAUUCCUCUAUUGAAAGAUUUCUUUCUCUCUGACAAGCAUAAAUGUAUAAUGACAAGCCCCAGCUUGUGUCUUGUCUGUGAAAUGUCUUCUCUUUUUCAUGCUAUGUACUCUGGGAGCCGAACUCCUCACAUUCCCUAUAAGUUAUUGCAUCUAAUAUGGAUUCAUGCAGAACACUUAGCAGGGUACCGGCAGCAGGAUGCCCAUGAGUUCCUCAUUGCAAUAUUAGAUGUGCUGCAUAGACACAGCAAAGAUGAUAGUGUUGGGCAGGAGGCCAGUAACCCCAACUGCUGUAACUGCAUCAUAGACCAAAUCUUUACAGGUGGCUUGCAGUCAGAUGUCACAUGUCAAGCUUGCCAUAGUGUCUCUACCACAAUAGACCCAUGCUGGGACAUCAGUUUGGACUUGCCUGGCUCUUGUGCCACAUUCGGUUCCCAGAGUCCAGAGAGAGCUGACAGCACAGUGAGUAGGGAUGACCACAUACCAGGAAUUCCCUCACUCACAGACUGCCUACAGUGGUUUACAAGGCCAGAGUACCUAGGAAGCAGUUCCAAAAUCAAAUGUAGUAGUUGCCAAAGCUAUCAGGAAUCUACCAAACAACUCACAAUGAAGAAAUUACCUAUUGUGGCCUGUUUUCAUCUCAAGCGAUUUGAACAUGUAGGUAAACAGAGGCGAAAGAUUAAUACUUUUAUCUCCUUUCCCUUGGAGCUGGACAUGACUCCAUUUUUGGCCUCCACUAAGGAGAGCAGAAUGAAAGAAGUCCAGCCACCAACAGACUGUACAUCCAACGAGAAUAAGUAUUCCUUGUUUGCAGUGAUUAAUCACCAUGGAACUUUGGAAAGUGGACACUACACCAGCUUUAUCCGACAACAAAAAGACCAAUGGUUUAGCUGUGAUGAUGCCAUCAUCACCAAGGCUACCAUUGAGGACUUACUCUACAGUGAAGGGUAUUUACUGUUCUAUCACAAGCAGGGUCUAGAGAAAGAUUAGUCUUGUAAGACCACUUACCAGAAAAAAAGUGAAAGAAAUGAAUAUACAAGGAUCCUGAAGUGACACACAAACUUCCCUGGAAUGGAUGAUGAUAAUAGCCAAACAACAACAAGCACCUCUUGAAAUUUCACAAAAACCUACCUGGCAUGGACAAUGACAAUAGCACCUAUAUGACAGGUAGCACCUUGAUAUGAAGAACUUUUUUACAUGGCUUGUGGGUCUGUAAGAGGAAAAAAAAUACUAACUAGUGACCAUUUAGCCUUAAGAAAGGGGAGGAGGGAGAAGAGGUUAAAAAUGGUCACAUAAAGCAUAAUUAAAUGAACAGAAUGCUUUAGGUGGAAAGAGUGGGAAUGGAGAUGUUCUGCGAGUGCUAUAUGUCAUUUGUUUCUACAAAAAUACCAUGGGGAAUCAGGGAGUAUUUCUACAUUAACAAAAAACUUCACAAUUAGUGUUCUAGCUGUGGCUGAUUAGUCAAAUAUUUUGAAAAAAGAAUAUUGUAAAAGAGAUUUUAAAAAGCCUUAAAAGAAAACAUUUAAAAAGGAAAAAACCUUUUUUUAAAUUUUAAAAUAAAAUGUUUUAAAUGUUGAAAAAAAUUAAGUUAAAUAUUUUUAAAAGAAAUGUUUCAAAAUUUAAAAGUUUUUAAUUUAAAAUUUCAAAAUGAUUAAUAAAAUAAGGCUUAAAAUAAAUUUUAGAAAUUCUUAGUUUACAAAAGGUAAAAUGAAUAAAAGAAGGACAAAGAUAAAAAAUGAAAGUUUACAAAAAAGUUAAAGUGAAAGAAAGUUUUAAAAGGGGAGGGGAGCUCUUAAAAGUUUAAAUAAGGGGCGCCUGGGUGGCUCAGUCGUUAAGCGUCUGCCUUCGGCUCAGGUCAUGAUUCCAGGGUCCUAGGAUCGAGUCCCGCAUCAGGCUCCCUGCUCGGCCGGGAGCCUGCUUCUCCCUCUCCCACUCCCCCUGCUUGUGUUCCCUCUCUCGCUGUGUCUCCCUCUGUCAAAUAAAUAAACUCUUUAAAAAAAAAGUUUAAAUAAAAUGUUAAUAUAAAUAACUCUUUAAAUUAGACUAUAAAAUAAUGUAUUGAAAAAUGAGAGGUUAGCAAAAUUCAUGAACAGUUUAAGAAAAUUUCCAAAACUACAGAAUGGAAUGAAAAUUCAAAUUUAAGUUUACAGAAAAGUUUUAAAGGAAAAAAAAACUAGCACAAUUGAAGACAGACACAAUUUGUUUAAUUUUUUUAAUUUAAAAAAAAUUUAAAAAGGAAAAAUUAAGAGAAAAAUAGAGAAUUUUAAGAUAUAUAAAAACUUUAAGGAAGUCCAACUUGAGAGAUUUAAAUAAAAACUAAAUAUUUAAACAAGAAGGAUAAAAAUAAAAAUUUUUAAAGAAAAACAUUUAAAUAAAAAUCAAAUUUAAAUUAAAAACAAGUAGAAAAAAUAUUAAUAUUUUAAAAACUUAAACAGUUUUAUUUUUAAAUUUAAGCAUAUUAAAAUUCUCACAGGUAUGAAAACUAAAAGGAGAUAGGAAUAACAAGACAAAAAAGUCUUGUUAAUAUUUCUGUUUGAGUUCUAUGUUGAUACAUAAAUAGAAUUUGAAAAAAAAAUAGUCAACCAUCAUUUUACUACUCAAUUGUGAGAUCAGUGCAAGGCCUGAACUCUAGCCUACCUUCCCUUUUCAAGUUCCACACCCCAUCUGAUUUCCUAAAGAGCUGUUUCUUAGGAAGAAUCAACUGCAUCCGAGAAAGAUGAAAAUAGUAGGGACUCUCUCCCAUUUAGAACUGCAUUAUUCAUACAAAUUCUUUGCUACUGAAAAGCGGUUCUUGACAAUUUAGUGGCUUAGGGAUAUUAGAUUACAACUUAAGUUCUGGCUUUGAUGUUCAAGCCCCAUGGCCUGAUUGAGGAAGUGGCAGGGACCCAUAUCUGAGGACAUCCCACCCUCUCUUCCACUUCCCUCUCCAUGGGGAAACAAGACCUUUAUAUAGUAAAGCUAUGGGUUUGUGCUUGACAGUCUUACUCAUUCCUUUACUCCCUCUCUUUUUUCCUUAUUCCAUCAUUCAUGCCUGGUUCCCUGAACCGCUUACUUACCUCCAUCUCUGAUCCCAGCCUAUAGAGCUCCUUCUUUGACUGUUUACCUGGUAGCUUCUAUUCCUCCUUCAAGACCCAACUCACAGAUGACCUCUGGAGCCUUUUCUGAAUGCUCUAGGCAGGUAUAAAUUGGAAAAUUGUUUCUUCCUCAUGCCUAUAUCCCUGUCACUGUGCCUCAAAGUACUUUGUCUGUACCUCAGUAAUAUUCUACUGUGAUUCUACUGGAGCUUUGUGAGUGUCUGCCCCUCUGCACCAAGCAUUCUGAGAACAGGGGGCCAAGCCUUAUUCAUUUCUGUGUUAAUAAAUGUUUGUUGAAUGUGAGGAUGAGUUCAGUUAUUUGCUCUGUUAAUAUGAUCUCACUUAUUUUAUCAAUCAAGCCCUCAAUAGGUGUCCUGUGCUAUAAUACAGUGUGAUCAGGGUUGUAUCUUCCCUAAAGGAAGUGUAUGAAAUGCUACUCAGCUGCAGGGGAUGGCUUAAGAAGGGAGGUGCUCAGUGAGGAAAUAGCCAGGUUGUGUGGAGAGAGUACAAGGUACAACGCAAGGAA